CAAAUUCAACAAUGCGUUUUAAAUACAAAAUUUUAAAGUAAGAUGACAAAAGGGUUUAGGGCUAAAAUCCAAGGGGAAGCAGCGGCAAAAUGACACAGCAGAGGAUCCAGAUGUGACAUCCCACGCAUGUUUUAAUCACCCAGAAUGCAUCAGAGCAAGAUGCAUUAACGACGGCAUUAAAUCACGGGAACUUUCAAGAAAAAAAGGAAAAAAAUUGAGAGCGAGAGACGGAGAGAUGGUGUGGGAAAUGAAUCAUCACCUGGCAAGAGGAAAGCGCAGUCGUGUGUGGGGAGGAGCGUUUCUGUGUUGGCUGUGUUUGAUGAUGGCGACGCCCAAGAUCCCUCACUCUCCCAGGCACCACAUCUUCGCUGACAUGCGUAAUUUUCUCGGAGUGCCAAACACGUUGAAUGUGUUCACGAAUUUCCCGUUUUUGGUCAUUGGAGUUCUGGGGCUCGUCUUCUGUCUUCAAGGGGAUUUCUUCCUAAUCAGUUCGCGAGGGGAGUUCUUGGUUUGGGCAUGGUUCUAUGCAGGAAUAACUGCUAUGGCUUUUGGGUCUGCUUAUUAUCACCUAAAGCCUGAUGACAACAGAGUAAUGUGGGAUUCUUUGCCUAUGAUUAUAGCAUAUUCUUCACUUUUCUCUGCUUUGAUUGUUGAGAGAGUGGGGGAGGUGAUUGGGUUAGCUUGCUUGCUUCUUCUCCUCGGUGUGGCUGUUCUUAGUACAGUUUGUGAAAGAUGGUUUAAUGAUCUUAGGUUGUGCAUGAUGUUUCAAUUGAUUCCUUGUGUGGCCAUUCCGGUCACGGCAUACACGUUUCUGCCCAAAUAUACUCAUUCAAAAUAUUGGCUUUGGGCUUCAGGGGUUUACCUUUUGGCAAAAUUUGAAGCUGUUGCAGACAAGAAAAUUUACAACAUAAGUUAUUAUUUUAUGAGUGGGCAUUCCUUGGAGCACUUAUGUUUAGUGAUGGUUCCUGUUCUGCUUACUCAUAUGCUCAUGUUCAGAAGUGCUAAAUAUCCAAGGGCAUCUCUGCCCACUCGUACAUCUUAUUGCGACCGAACAGAUUAGGUGAUCUUCAAGGGCAUCCCUGAACAGAGUAGGCAAGAUCAGUGAAGUCACUUCCAGCAUCUUGGCUAGCUGAUGCCUGACCAGAGUAGAAAAUUCAUUGGAGGGAUUAAUUGCCAGCGUCCAUUGACAAUGGUGACUCUUGCAUUAUCGGAUGGAUUCAGCCAUUGCUCAAAAAUGCAGAAACGUUUGUCCUGCUCUUCCAUGGGAUCAGCUAUUUUAAUCUGUUGUGAGAUGUGCAGCAAUUGGUUAUCAGAUUGACCUAAAUUUGUUGAGAUGGUCAUUAUUUAUUAAUUCAUUUGUUAAAUUUUGAGUGCAUUUAUGAUCCUGGAAAAUUUUAAGAUGCUAAUUGGGAACCUUACAUCACAUGUACAGCAGAGGUUAGUUUUCUAGCCUAUCAUUGUGUCCUUAAAUGAGAAAUAUUCACAGAUCCUUCACAAGAAUCCUGCUGUUCCUUAUGCAUCUGCAGUUUCAAAUAUCUCAAUUGUGUAUUUUUCAUGUGCCAGUUGAACAGAGUAAGAUUGCAUAGCAGCAAUCUUAUUUAUGAAAAUAAACUAUGGUUCCUAUUGAUAUCA